ACAAAUGAAAAUUUUUUUACAUUCAAAAAUGUCUAAUAACAUCGAUGUUAUAAAUAGUUCUGAAUGGAUUGAUAAAGCUUUCGCAAAAAAUUUUAUUAAAUAUUAUGAAUAUAACCAUUUUAGUAAUAUUCAACAAGUUAGUUCUGAUAGUUCCUGCAAAGUCUAUCGUGCAAACUGGAAGGAUUCUCACAAUCAUUUAACAUUGAAAUCUUUUUUUAAUUUCAACAGUGUCACAGUCAAUGAAAUUAUUAAUGAAUUUAAAUUUCAGUGCCAAGUGAAAUCUCAUGAGAAUAUUACUCGUUUUUAUGGUGUAACAACAGAUAAUUCGAAAAAGUACUUAUUAGUAAUGGAAUAUGCUAAUAAUGGUACCCUUCGAAAUUAUAUGAAAGAACAUUUUAUUAAUCUUACUUGGAAUGAUAAAUUAAAUUUAGCACUUCAAUUGGCUCGAGCUGUAUCGUAUUUACAUGAUGAAGGAAUUCUACAUCACGAUUUGCAUUCCAAAAAUGUAUUAGUUCAUCAAGGUAUCAUAAAAUUAGCAGAUUUUGGGUUAUUAAAACGAAUUGAGAAAUCAUUUAAUCAAUUGGAAUUAUUUGAUAUGGUUGCUUAUUUUGAUCCAAAAAUACUUGAACAAAAAAGAAACAAUAAUAACCUAAUACAUUCGUACACAUUAAAUAAACUGAGCAAUAUUUAUAGUAUUGGUGUACUCUUAUGGGAAAUAUCAAGUGGUCAGCCACCUUUUUGUAAUGAACCAACUGAUACAUCCAAUAUUAGUUUGGAUUUGAGAAUUUUGCAAGGCCUUAGAGAAAAACCUGUUGCUAAUACCCCUGUGGAUUAUGUAAAAAUUUAUAUUGAUUGUUGGAAUAAUGAACCAGAUAAUCGUCCAAUUAUAAAUGAGGUUAUUGUUAGACUACAAUCAAUUGUUUCAAAUCAAUUGUCAAAUUUUUGUCAACCACUUAAUAAUUCGUCACAUGGAGAAUUAUCUCAAAUAAUUCAAAAUUUUAAUAAGAUAAAUAUAAAAGAAAUAGGACCUCCGAUGUCAUUGAUUGAUAAUGAUUUUAGUAUACUAGUUGAUAAGAUUAUCAUUCUAGCCACCACUUUAGAUUUGAAAGAUAGUGUAAAGCAGGAAAUUUUUAAUUGUUUUUAUAAUCAUGAUGUGACAUCACAAAAAAUUUAUAAUUGGUUAUUAAAUAAUCAGAAUAAUUCGAACUCUAUUGUUUUACUUGGAAUAUUUACUCUGUUUGGAAUCGAAGUCAAUGUUAAUGAAAAAAAAGCAUUUGAAUUAUAUCAAAAAGCAGCAAAUUUGGGUGAUGUAUACGGAAUAACUUGGUUAGGUUAUUGUUAUGAAGGUGGAAUUGGGAUUGAUGUUGAUAAGAAAAAAGCAUUUGAACUACAUCAAAAGAUUGCAAAUUUAGGAGAUACAAUUGGAAUACUUAAUGUAGGAGUUUGUUAUUAUUUUGGAAUUGGAACUAGUAUCGAUAAACAAAUGGCAUAUGAAUAUUAUAAAAAUGCUGCAAAUUUAGGUAGUAGUAUAGCUCAAUAUAAUCUUGGUGUAGUGUAUGAAAUUGGAGAUGGAGUUGUGAAAGAUAUAGAUCAAGCAAUUCAUUGGUAUAAAAAAUCUGCUGAACAAGGAGACAAAUAUUCUCAAGAUAAAUUAGCAAAAUUUUUCAAAAAUUAA